AUGGAGGUGCGUGACACGGAGCUCGACCAGUUCUCUGUUGUCAAUAACAACGUGUACGGCUACUACAUGCAGCAUGGGCGCCACAAGGCGCUCAAGGCGCUCGGCGCCGGGGUGGGCGAAUACCAGGCCAGGGGCAUCCUGAUGGCCCUCAGCGAGCUCAGCAUAAAGUACAAGACCCCGCUGCGAUCCGGGGACGUUUUCAGGGUAGACACGAGCGUGGAGCAGGUGACGGCGGCGCGGCUGGUGAUGCGGCAGGCGGUGGUGCGCGAGGACGCCGGCGGGCGCAAGCUGUCGCUCUGCGCGGAGGGGCUCGCGACGGUCGUGUUCCUGGACACAGCGUACCGCCCCAUCAGGCUACCCGCUGGCGAGAAGGCCGUGUUUGAGGCGCUGCGGCAACAAGCGGCAGCUGCGGCGGGAGGAAACGGCACCGACUAG